AUGCGUCAUUUUGUCGUUCUUCUCGUUCUGGUUUUACUUCUUGCCAUGCAGUCUUCCGCUAAAAAGUUGGUUUUGUUUUAUUUCACUUCAUAAAAUCGAAUUUGCAUUGAAACUUUGUGAAAACUCUCAUUUCUUAUUGUGUUGGCUAGAAAUUUUCGAAAAGCACUAAUUUUGCACCAAAUUUUAACAUUUUUGAACUUUAUCCACCGAAUUUCCCCUCUAAAAAUCAGAAAUUCCUUGAAAAAAUCUUGAAUUCAAGUCAAAAAUUUGUAGAAUCGGUCCCCCGCCCGGAAAAGACGUCGAAGGUCGAUCAGACUACAUUCGCGGCAGCAAUAUGAUUUCUUCGAACCAUCAUAAUUUCCGCAAACAUAAGCAAAAUCAAGGUUUCUGGAAGAAUUUUUUUAAAAAAAUAAGUCCAGAAUAACCUAGAAACACGGCGAAGUCCGAAAAUUCCUAAAAAGGAAAAAAAUUUUUAUUUUCACUUUUUUUGGAACUUGAAAAAGCCUUUUUUUGUUUUUUUAAGAACCUUGAAAGGUCGCUUGGGAUUUACAACGAUUCAUUAAAUUUUAGAAAAAAAUUCACGUUUUGUAAGAAUUUCCAAAAAAAUUUUUUUAAGAUUCAACUGUUUUUUUCUAGUCAAAAAGGGAAACCUGGAAAAAAAUUCAGAAAAAUUUUUUUAAUUUUUUUAAAUUUCAAAAAAACUAAAUGGAAACUUACAUCUCUAGACAAGCUUUCCAUGUGCAAUUUUCACGGAAGGUCAAAUUUUUCAGGCGAUCAAAAACGCUCAGACCAACACCAACCCGUCUGA